AUGGACUUGUUGAACUUCAUCUCGUUAGUCAUCGACCUCCGUGACUACACGGGGUACGCGACAUGCAUCCGCGCCACUGAAUACCCAGGGCUCGCCCUGUGCGAGCACAGCGCGGUCACCGGUAUGCGCUAUACGGUACCACUUGGCUACGCGGCAUCGGUGGUGUACUUUUAUCUUUACCACCGCCCACGCCUCUCCUUCGCCGACCGCUCGCUAACCAAGCUACACCACUACUUCUACCCAAGCGCCGGCUACAGUACACCACUUGGAAUCAUCGGCGGCGUUCUUUACGGCGCUGCCGAGUGCGUGCAAGGUCUGACACCUGCGGCUCUGGAGGCCACCGCGGUGCGGGAAAAGGCUGCUGCUGUGAUGGCUGCAGAGCAGUACAGUCAACGCCACCGCGCGGCGAAGGAACGGCUGAAAGCGGAACAGUCGUUUGCCUCCAAGGCACUUGCCUGGCUGCGGGUGUGCGAAGACUCGGUGCAGGCAGAGCUCGCGCGCAUGGGACUCGGAGAGGAGAGCAUUGCGUGGGAGACUCUGUUAGUGCCCCAGGGGUAUCUCUGGACACAGCUGCACUCCGUCGUGCACGAUCCUGCUCGGUACCGCGGUUACGAGGCUCCUGUCAAGCCCGGUGCGGCGGCCCCCACUUCAACGGACGAGAGGCUCAGCCAACCCUCUGGGGGUACCAAUACGCCGAGCCCCUCGCCUUCCGGGGUUCUGUCGUCUUCGAGAGCGUAUUUUACAAAGCCGCAGGUGGACGCCAUCGUAAGUCGGAUAGGGACGCUACGCACCUCGCCGGAAGAUGACCGGUGGAUGCGGUCGGCUGGUCGCUGCGGCAUCUACGGUGUUUUUGGCAUGCUGCUCACGUGGAACAGCGGCAGCGCUCUGUUUCGCGCGCAGAUGGGACUUGGUCUUGGUGUGACGAUUGCCAGUCUGGCGUCCGCGACGCGGCUGGAUGAAGUGUUCGCUCACCUGUGA